CCCAGUUAUAAAGCUCAAAGAAGAAGUUCAGGCGACGUCAGCAGUAAAGCAAACGCUGGUCUGUCAUGGCGUCAGGAGUGGAUCAAACAGUCGGUAUGAGCCUGGUCGUCUUCAGCCUCCUUUUGUUUACGUAUUACUCAGUUUGGGUCAUCGUCCUGCCGUUCGUUGACGGCGAUCACAUUCUGCACAAGUAUUUUCUUCCUCAGGAGUUUUCAGUCAUUCUGCCCGGAGCUGCAGCCGUGAUCAUGCUGCUCUGUAUAGGAGCCUUCACUGCCGUGAUCAUGUGGAAAAGUGGCAAACCAAAGAAGGUGGACUGAUGUGGCAACGUUAGCACGACUGUAGCUUUAAAGUUAAAUGAACAAACAAAAAACAACUUCCGCCCCCACAAAUAAACCCCUCCUCCGUUCUUUAACAGUAGCUGCGGGAUGAAGACGCUGAUACUUUCAAGGUUAUAUAUUUUUCUAAAAACAAAGUGUCUGCCGUAUGUCGAUGUCUUAUUUUCAUUUCCUGUGUUUUAUUUGUAAAAAAAGAAGAAAACAUUUGACUAAUUUGAAGAUAAAAUACCAUCACCUUGAUCGUAUGAAUUUUAUUUGUUGUUCUUUAGCCCAGAAUGAGCCUUUAGUCGGCCAUUUUGUUUUUACAGUAGCCUACAAGGGACAAACUAAACAUCUAAACAAUGUCACUCAAUCUUACAUGCUGUAUCUUUAAAGACACAGUGACUUUAAAGGAAUAUUUAAAAAUGAAUAUUCUCAGAUAUGUUUGUUACUAAACACAACAUUGUAUUUCUGAUAUUUGGGCCACUGAAACGUGAGCAUUUCCAAGGUUAUUGAACGCAGCACGGGUACGGACACGUGUAAAUACUGUGACAUAAUGUAUGUAAUGUGUAGGAGUGAGUUUUUUACUAGAGUGUGACUGUGGUUCUUCUUCUCUGCUCAAUAAAAUGUUGAAAGAAAAACAAAA